CCGGUCACCCCGGGUGAGCUCUAACUUCACUUUCUUCUUUCCAAGCCAUGACCAUGCAGUUCAUCAGCCACCGGUUCCCGGAAGAUCAUGACCCCACCAUCGAAGAUGCUUAUAAAAUCCGGAUCCGUAUUGAUGAUGAGCCUGCCAAUCUGGAUAUUUUGGAUACGGCUGGACAGGCAGAGUUUACAGCCAUGCGAGAUCAGUAUAUGAGGGCAGGAGAAGGGUUUAUCAUCUGUUACUCUAUCACUGAUCGUCGAAGUUUUCAUGAAGUUCGGGAGUUUAAACAGCUUAUUUAUCGAGUUCGACGUACUGAUGAUACACCCGUGGUUCUUGUAGGAAACAAGUCUGAUCUGAAGCAGCUAAGACAGGUCACUAAGGAAGAAGGAUUGGCUUUGGCCCGAGAAUUCAGCUGUCCCUUUUUUGAGACAUCUGCUGCAUAUCGCUACUACAUUGAUGAUGUAUUCCAUGCCCUUGUCCGGGAGAUACGUAGGAAAGAAAAGGAGGCAGUACUGGCCAUGGAGAAAAAAUCUAAACCCAAAAACAGUGUAUGGAAGAGGCUAAAAUCACCAUUCCGGAAGAAGAAAGAUUCAGUAACUUGAAGUUGUGAAGUGUUUACGUGUGAACUGCAGUGCUUAAUCAAAGCAGUCCAGUAACCUGCAUUAGUGAGCAUGGUGCUUGCUCUCUCUUCCUGUUAUGACCGUUAUUUGUAAAGUAACUGAUGAAGGGGACAUGCCUACUAGGAGUUUUCAAUGAUGUGGUAUUUAAUAUAUUGUCUCUUAGCUAAUUCUGAUUUAUUAACCCAGUGGAGCACUUUCUGCUUUUAAAUUGUCACAUUAGAAUUUGAUUUUCCAUAGUUUUGGGUUCUGUUGCUGAUUAAUUAAUGUAAAUUGUUUAUAUCCAGG